AUGGCCACCUUCGCAACCAGCCAGCAAUGGCUCCACCAGAGCUCGCUUCUCUUGGAAGCCCGCCCGCACACAACAAAAAUUACCUGUCGCUACUCGGUCAAGCCCAAGCCGGUGCGCCGCGUCAAGAAGGCCAAGGACGGCGAGACCUUGCCGGAUGCGCCGCCAGCCACCACGAACGCGGUCGGCCAGAACCCCCGCGCCAAGCUGGUGCUCAAGACCGUCGACCCGGCCAGCGGGGUGUGCCUCAAGUACGAGACGACCAAGGCGGCCGAGGUGUCGCGGCUGGUGCAGCUGCUGGGGCAGCUGAGCCGGCGGCAGGCGGGGCUGGUGGCGGGGACUGCCUCGGCCGAGGAGCAGGCGGACGAUGUGGCCAUGGCGGAGGCGGCAGCUGCGGCAGCGGCCACGCCGGCGGACGAGUCGGGCGCAGCACCGUCGCCCGCACCGACGCCGGCGCCAGCACAGCAGCAACAAGGCGGCGGUGGCGGCGGUGGCGGCAAGGGCAAAAAGAAGAAGGGCAAGCGGUAG